GUGAGUGGGUGAGGGAGCCAGUGAGUAAGUGUGUCAGAGAGAGAGAGAGAGAUUCAUUUUCAGGAGGAAGGGGACGAAUGAACACCCGUCACUGAGAGUGAGGAAGCUUAAAAUACUAUUUAAUAGAGAAGUCAGACAGAAAACUGGAAUAAGAGCUCCAGAGGGUCUAAACUGUCUGAACUCUGGUAGGACUAAACCUUUACUGGACUCUUUCUCAACACUGCCAGUACCGAGCUGGAUCCAGAUAUCCUCUAGACGGCACCAGGCGCUUCCAGGACACUACCAAGAAAACGUACUAGUACUAGUUUCUCUCCGGGCUCUGUACUGGUAUCAGGCACUUCUUGGAUACCAAAAAAGCCCGAAAGACUUUGUGGAUGCUCUUCUAGUUGCAGUUCACUCUGGAAGAUCUGCUGCUACCAAAUUAUUUGUGGACACUGUAAAGUACGGAAUACCAGACAUAUUCUGGACACAAAACCUGUAUCCGACUCUUUCUAGACCCUCCAGUUUCCUUGUGGAUUCUUAACCAGUACAGUAUUUCUAGAACCAGCACUAAACCCCAUUUGGACUCUGGGUUCUUCACACCUUCUUGAAGCUCUACUGGUACCGUGCUCGCUCUUCACAUUUUGUAAGUGUCACACUUUCUGUAGCCGCCUCACAAUCUCUCUUACUGGACCAUCGACCAGAGCCAGACUCUUUCUCGUCACUUCUCUUGUUGGUAUCAGAUAUUUACCAGCGUUAAACCACCUCUGACCAGUUUGAACAUAUUUCCGGGCGCUGUCUUGGUACUGAGGAAAGGUCCAGAUCCUGUGCUGGGCUUUGUGUCGAGCAGUAUGGUGAUGGGACAAAAGCCCUCCUGGCUGCUGGUACACCAGUUCAAGUGUAGAUGCUCUGUGGGGUUCGUCAAGGGGAACAACAGCAACAUGGGGAAACAGUUGGAGGAGCCCGGCACCAAGCGCAGUAAACUCGUGUCCAGGGUGACGUCUCUGGCCGGCCUGCUGCCGCCCGUCAAGACGGCGCAGCUGAAGAGGAUUGGUCAGACGCUGCAGCGCUCCAUCAGUUUCCGUAAUGAGAGUCAGACGGAGAGAGCCGCUCCUCCUCCUCUUCCUCCUCCUCCCUCCUCUUCUUCCUCAUCCUCCUCCACCAUGAAGAGGCGCGUUAUCUCGGCGACGGUCUCCAACCCUUCCUCUUCCAUGACGGCGACGAGGGUUUCCACGGCAGCGGCCCCGGCCUCCAAGCGGCGUGACAGCAAGCUUUGGAGCGAGACGUUUGACGUCCGACUGGGAGCGACGCAGCCUCUGAGCCCCAAAGAGAUAAAACGACAAGAGGCUAUAUUUGAGUUGGCUCAGGGCGAGCAGGACUUGGUGGAGGAUCUCAAGUUGGCUAAGAAGGCCUACCAUGACCCGAUGCUGAAGCUGUCAAUCAUGACUGAGCAGGAACUGAACCAGAUCUUCGGCACUCUGGACUCGCUGAUACCCCUGCAUGAAGACCUGCUGAGUCGCCUCCGAGAAACCAGAAAACCUGACGGGUCCACAGAACAUGUGGGACACCUCCUGACUGACUGGCUUCCCUGUCUCUCCUCCUACACCUCGUACUGCAGUAACCAGGUGAAGGCCAAGGCCUUGUUGGACCAGAAGAAGCAGGAUCGGCGGGUCCAGGACUUCUUGCAGCGCUGUCGCCAGUCUCCCUUUAGCAGGAAGUUGGACCUGUGGAACUUCCUGGACAUCCCCCGCAGCCGACUGGUGAAAUACCCGCUGCUGCUGAGGGAGAUCCUGAAGCACACGGCUAACGACCACCCGGACCGGCAGCACCUGGACGAGGCGAUGCUGAUGGUUCAGAGCGUGGUGGCGGACAUCAACAGGCGGACGGGGGAAUCCGAGUGUCAGUACUACAAGGACCGUCUGCUGUACACGGAGGACGGACAGAGGGACGAGCUCAUCGCCCGGUCCAGGACCCUCAGCUGCCGCGGAGAGCUGAAGAACAACAGAGGACUCAAGCUCCACGUCUUCCUCUUCCAGGACGUCCUCGUAAUCACCAGGUCCGCCUCGUCGAACGACCAGCCGGUCAACUACCAGCUCUGCCGCCAGCCAAUCCCCAUCCGGCAGCUGGACCUGGAGGACCUAUCAGACGGAGAGAUGAGAGUGGGCGGGUCCAUCAGAGGAGCCUUCAGCAACAACGAGCGGACAAAGAACUUCUUCCGGGUUUCGGACCGGACAGGCGGUCAGCUGCAGAGCCACUGCUUCCAGGCCAGCGACGCCUUCAACAAACAACAGUGGAUCAACUGCAUCAGACAAGCCAAAGAAGCCGCAGCGCUGACCGGAGACCAGCCGCCACAGACAGGACAAUGUCUGGAGACGGGUCUGGGUGGACAGAUAGGGUCACUUGGUGAGACAGGUCUGAGCUUGCACGGUGAUUCGGGGCUUGAGGAUGAAAAGGGGGAGAUGCGGGGAGAGAUGGAAACGGGGCUGGGUUCAAAGGGAGAGGCGGGAGACAAAGAUCCCGGUCUGGGUAAAGAUGCCGGGGGGAGUUUGGCGGGUGGGGAGAUGGAGACAGGUUUGGGUGUCGAUGGUGAGAUGGGUUUGGAGUUAGGUGGAGAAACGGGGAUGGACAGUGAGACGAGGCAGAUAGUCGGUGAUACAGAGACGGGUGAGAUGGAGACAGGACAGGAUGGGGAGAUUUGUGCAGAGCCAGGAGCCAGAGAAGGAUGGAAGAUGGAUAAUGGAGGAGGAGGAGGAGGAGGAGGAGGAGGAGGAGGAGGAGGAGGAGGAGGAGAGACUCUGAGCGGAGUUGCCGUUGAUGGUCCCGCCUCCCCUCCAUCCUCUGCUUCUCCCUGUCGAGAGGAGCAGGAGAGGGAGGUGAUGGAGGAGGUGGAAGAGGUCGUCAUGGACACCGGCGAGGUUGACUCCCUGCGGUGCUGAUGAUGUAGAACCGAACAAAACUCACCGAGGGACCGGCAGCCAAUUCAAAUUGGGGACUUGAUGAUGACGUCACAUCAAUAGGACGUCGGACAAACACUGGCCGACGUGAUCCAGAACUCUGUACUUGCUGUAUGCUCACUGUUGGUGAGUUUCCUCCAUAAAGGUCACCACAGCGCCCCGGGAACACUGGCCCCGUGUGACUGUAAGUGUGCAUGGAUGUAUCAGGAGAACUGGAUACCGUGUUCAAAGAUGGCUUCCUGCUAAACCAGCCACAUACUGCAAAAAUAUUUUUCCCCUUGGGACUUAUCGACCUAAUAGCUCAACUUACAACAAUGCAACGACUUGAGUGUUUCUGAUGCUCAGAAAAAUGAUAUUAUGGUUUUAAGUAUUUUUUGGGCCAGCGGCUGUCACGUGACCUGCAGUUCUAACUGUGGUCAAUAUGCCAGAAAUCACCUCACAGCCCAACUUUGUUCCUUUGAGGUUUUACCUUUUGAAGGAAAGUAUUUCCUCGCUUGUUUGAUCCCAGUUUUCUUUAUCCUGUAUUCAUUUCUUCCGAACAUUAGCUCACGUAUAUUUGCACUUGACCUGCCUUUGGACAAGGCUGUCAACACUUUAUUAAUGGGGUAACUGUUUGGUCUGUUAAAGUUACCCCACGUGACUUUUUUGACUCCACAGGGAACCUUUAAAAAAAGGAACUGCUCCACCCACAGUUUUAAAUUGACCAGCAGAAAAGACACUAAAUGGGUUUUAACACAGUUCUGUUGUAAACAAUAUCAGCAGCAUUCUCAGGUAACCCUAUGAGUGAUGAUGAUGAAUCAUGCUUGCAGCUGUAACUAUGACUCAACAUUAAUUUAAUAUUUAAAAGAAUGAAACUGAAAUUCCAGUAUUGACCACUUCUGUUGUAGAGAUUUAAUGAAUAUGGCAAAAUAAACAUGUCAGUCAAAGUCCAAAGCGUGAGUCUUCUACAGCUUUCCAAAACCAAUCAAACAGUAAUCAUGUCAAACUUGUGUAUUUGUAUCUGUAAUUUGGAGGAUUUUCAUUCUUCAAGUUCAGUUGAAGGAAUCUUUGCUCUUCAGCAAUUCUCUUAACUUGUUCUGUUUCUAAAACUCUUUAAAUAAUGUCUUAAAAUCACUUGUAAUGUCUGAAAACACUGGAAAAGAAACAGAGCUGCGCACCCUGUUCUGAUGGAUUUAUAAAGUUUCAACUAACUUACUAGCCCAUCCGUCUACAGUCACAACGAUUUGUUAAUGAAUGAAUGAACAUCUAUUGGAAUUCAUGGGAGACACAGUUACCGAUACAGUAAUGUAUUUUUAGCAUGACGUCUACUUAAAAGGCAUUCCAAAUGCAUUAAACGCAUAUUUAGUGUAUUUUCAGUUGCAGCUGCAGGCAGAGUGAAAUAUUCAGUGUAUUUUCAUGGCGGUCAGAGAAGCCCUGAAGGAGGAGGAGCCUGUUGUGUAUGUACUGUAUGUAUGUAAAGAAUGUAUAUUAAGCUUAUUUGUAUAUGAAUGUAGGAACAAAGCCAAGCAUGUCUGUUUGUUAUAUAUGUGCUUACACAUCACACAUGAAAUAUGACUUACUGUACAUUGUCAAGACAAUCGGUUAGAUAUUAUAAGUUACCAUCGUCGGGAUAGUUGUGAUGCUGUUGAUGAUGUUUAGUUGAGGUAUCAACUAAUGUGUGGAUUGUCUCAAAACAUAAGCAUCAAUAAAUUGUUACAAAAGAAACCGGUUGGUGAAUGGGUGGUUACUGGUUGAGGAAAGAAGCGUGUCCUUAAAGUAUUUAUUCUCUGCGCAGAGAAGAUUCAAUCAUC